UUAUUUUAUCAAGCAAGUUUUACGAUGAUAAUAAAAGCAUUUUUCAUAUCGAGCUUGAUAUGUUUAUGGGGGAACCUCGUCCUUGGGCAUUCCACUGAUCCCAUUUCAUUAUCAUUUCCAAAUUUGAUAGAUCUUGAAGAUAUAUUUGGUCUUGAAAAAUCAUGGUCCUUUUUCAACAACAUAAAGGUGGAGACUGGAAGAAUGCUAAUUGGGAAAUUAGGUGGAUCCAUCUGGUCUACGGAUGUUUUACCAAACCCUGAUGAUGAAUGGACCAUUGAGUUUGUGUUUAGGUCUACAGGUGCCACUACCGAUUUGAGAUUCACCGACUCUAAUGGAUUAUCGUUGUUCUUGGUUGAAGCCCCAAAUACUAAAGAUGUUUCAAAUUUUGGAGGCCCCUUAAGUUUUGAUGGAUUUCAAUUCUUGUUGAACAAUAAGGGCAAAGAAGGGUUGAAGAUAUACGCUAAUGAUAAUUCCAAGAAGAUUGAAAAUGACCUAGAGGAAACUAUUGGGAACUGUGAGUUUUCCUUUUUAAAUUCUGGUGUACCAUUCAAUGUGAGAGUCUCUUAUUCUAGAAAAAACAACGUAUUCAAGGUCCAGAUUGACAAUAACUUGUGUUUCAGAACUGAGAAGAUCAAUAUUCCUUCAGGAAAAUUCCAUAUUGGUUUUGCUGGUUAUGUCAGUCCUGCAAGUGAGGAAGUAUUCGAAGUCUUGAAGUUGAAUGUAUGGGAUCAUUUGACAGAAGAUGCUAUCGAUGACCACGGUUUGAUGAGUGACGGUGAAUUGAAGGUUGCAGUACAAACGGUUGUGAAACAAGAAACAAAUGAUGAAGUUUCUCCUGCUCAAAUUAGAGAGUCAUUAAUGGAGAGAAGCAGGAAAUUAAAGGAAGACAUAGAGGGACAAACACAACAGCAACAAAUAAGUUCUUCGUCUUUUGACUUUGAGAAGAUAAAUGAGUUGAUUGUGCAGAACAGUUUGAUACAAACUCAACUUCAAUCAGUUCAAUUAACCCUCAAGGACAUUCAAAACACCAAGGAAGAGCCUGUUACAUAUCCAUUUGAUGAAUUUAAGAGUUCUAUAUCAAGCCAGUAUGUUGAAUUGUUAGAAUCUAUCUCCAGUUUAAACCAAAAAGUUAUUGGCGAAGUUAGAGAACAGCAAUUUACCAUCGAUGAGUUAGGCAAAAAGGUUGACUUGUUGAUGGCCAACCAUAAAGAAUUACGAUAUGAAUCAUCCAACGCCCAAAAAAUCAACACCCAUGACACUUCCACAUCAAUUAUAAGGUGGUUGUUGAUCACCAUAACUAUUGUUGUAUUGGUGUUGGUCAUCUUCGUUUACAGAUUGAGACAUGACGUCAAGCAUUCCAAGUUAUUGUAGGAUAUAUAUAUAUUGAAAUCGUAAUAUAGUUGCCAUAAUACAGUCUACAACAUGUCUAUAGCAUUUAACUUAAUGAUUUGGCAGAAGAUGCGGAAGACUUCGGCGUUGGGGAUGUAGAUGGACUAUCGAACUGUUGUGCCAAAUCCUUUACUGAAGGUCUCCUUCCAAGCGAUGGAGCGAACUUAGGUUGACCCAAUUCGGAUAAAUUAAUAUCUUUUUUAGCUGGCAAGGAAGACACUAUUGGUGUAGAUGUCUGUUUGGCGGUGGAUCUGGUGCCUUUGUCCAAAUAAGAGUUCAAUGAUUUUUUGUUAGGUGAGUUUGAUCUUCUCAAGCCAGGAGUUGUAGCUGACGACUUGGGGGUCAGAGGUGCAUCUUUUUCUAUGGGUUUUGGGGUGACAGGGGCUCGCUGAAUCGCAUCCCUUUGAUUCUCCUUUUCGGUUUCAAAGGAGUCGGUAGAGAAAUUUUUGGAUGGAGUGUGAACUUUAGAUAAUGAAGCGGUAUCAAGGUCAGAUGUUAUGUUUGAAACGUCAUCAUAAUCAUCCAACCUUAUGACUUCAUUCUUAACAGGUACCGAAGGGAGG